GGAGGAGGAGGAUUUGAAGGAGCAGGAGGGAGGGCGCACUUAACCAAACAGCAGACUAGUUCAGUGCCAGCACACACAGCUGCUUCGCCUCAAGAAAGGAGUUUCAGUCCUGCAGUUUGAACCACUAAGUCGGCAAGACGGGAAGUCAGGCAAGAAACAUGGACUCAGAUUCCGGGGAGCUGAGUGAAGGGGAGCUCUCUCCAGGGCCUGAGAUCUUCAAUUCCAAAAGUCUGGCCAUUCAGGCACAGAAGAAGAUUGUGAGCAAAAUGGCGACCAAGGUAAUGGCCAACAUGCUGAUUGAUGACACCAGCAGCGAGAUUCUGGACGAGCUGUACAAAGUGAGUCAGAAGUACACCAAAAACAAAAAGGAGGCCCACAAAAUCAUGAAAAAUGUCAUCAAAAUCGCUCUCAAAAUUGGCAUCCUCUAUAGAAACAAUCAGUUCAAUCAAGACGAGCUGGAAACGGUGGAGAAGUUUAAGAAGAAGAUGAACCAGACGGCGAUGACGGUAGUCAGCUUUUACGAGGUCGACUAUACCUUUGACAGACACAUCCUUUCGGGACUCCUCAACGAGUGCAAAGACCUGCUGCACGAACUUGUGGAGCACCAUUUGACAGCCAAAUCCCACGGGCGCAUCAAUCACGUCUUUAAUCAUUUUGCAGAUGCUCAGUUCCUCUCAGUGCUUUAUAGCCCAUCCGGAGAAUACAGACUCUUCCUAAAAAAAAUCUGCGAUGGGAUUAACAAAUUACUUGAUGAAGGUGUGCUCUAGUUGCAGGAAAUAUGUCGUCUGAUGAACUCUUAUUUUAUUACUUGUAUUAUUUGCAAUGAAUAAUACACACACAGAGACGCAAAAGUGGUCUUCAUUAAAUUUUCAUAUGUGAUCAGCUUUCCUUUUAUUUUAAAUCAAGCAUUUCCAAUUCACAACCCUGGAGGUUCAUAUAUAAAAAUGUUUAAAAAAAAAUUUUAAUUCUAAGAAAUUACAAAAAAAUGUUAAUUCAGUUUUACUAUAAAAAUGGUGGAGGUCAACUACUGUAUAAGCAUGUUAUGGUCUGGAGGAGUGCGGAUUUACAAAUAAAUUUACAACACAAAUAUUAAAUUGUAUUAUACAUAAUUAUUUUGUGGCAAAUAUAUUGAGACGAGGCAGAUUUGCAGUAAUUAUUUGACAGACUUAAGCACUGUAUUACGCUAUGAGGCAAUUUACACAGAUGGAGGGACAACUUAUGCCAUGCAACUUAUUUUAGCAAGGGUUUGAAAAACUGUGAGUGCAACAGGUUUGAGCACCUCAAAACUAUUUUAAUUAUCCACUAAAUUUAACAAUAUGCAUGAAAUAGAUAGUGGCCCAUUAAAAUAUGAAUAAGGUACUGUGCUUUGGCCAAAUUUGAGACAGCAGGGAACCCUGCAAUAAACUGGGCUGCAGAGAAAGCAGGCUCCACUAGGUGGAGCUCUGUCCUAGUUACAUUCAGUAAAAGACAAACUAGUCCUUGGACACAAAGUUUUUUCCAAUUAGAACUGAAGUGGCCUUAGAUAAACUGACCCUCAGAUAAUGAGGACUUUGGGCUUUUAUUCCAGUGUACAGUGAGAUAGAUACGAGUUCAACUGGGUGGAGAUGGGAAGGACAGACACAUUAAUUGGUGUGUUUUGUUUUUUGCUUUGAAGUGUGCAGCUGUUGCAACCACACCACCGGACUGACAGGAGUUUAACUCUUUAGUCGGGGCUUAGUGGGACAGCAGAUUCUUUGGUCUGUUUUUUCUUUUGAGUUCCCCUUAUCUUUAUUAUUUGUUAAUUUACAUUUUUUUUAAUCUUUUUUGGAGUCUUUUCUGGGCUCAGGGGGAUCUCCCAAGUUUCCCCCUAAAAGCCUCAAUAUUUAAUAUGUCAUUACAAUAUAAGUUGUCGAGCAAAAAUCACAGUUUUAAUGAAAUUUCUCUGCCAUAUGCUACUGUGAAUGCUGAAUGUUAUAAGAUGAAAGUCAACUCUGACUAUAAAGUUUUUUUUUUGUGUGUUUUUGAGAAACUGUUUCGUGUUUAAAAUAAUUCAUGGAACAAGUGAAUGCUACACCUUUUAAGAAAAGAUAAAAAUUGUGAAAGGUACAACAAGCUGUCCAAGACAAUUUAUUUUUUAUUGCUAAAAACAUAAAUGUUUUUAGAAGUAAUUGAAAUAUACUUCUCUUUUUUUUUUUUGCAAAUUCUGGCUACAAUAUUUCUUCAUACAAAAGUCUGAGGUUUAUUGGAUUUUGUUCUGUCACAAAAACUGUAAGCUACUCCAGGUCUACUUGAAUAAUUUUUGUCGCCUUUCUUUUAUGUAUUAUGAAUUGCAAAAAUAAAUGUAAUUAAUUCAAAGAAAUAUAAAAAAA